UCUCGGGGUUAGGACAAGCGGGUACCCUUCGCGGUUUGCAAAGUGCUGUGGGCUGUUCUAAGCGGCUGCUGGAGUCCGGCCGGUCCCUGUGUCGAAUCCAACCCUCGGGAGGUGAGGGGUGUCCUGGGAAGGAGACUGCAUACUGGGACCCAGCUGCAGGGGAGGUGGGCACCAACCUCACUGACAUCGUCCUCCAGAGAAAGGUUACCAUCCGGGAGCUGGGAGGGUGCAUGGGCCCCAUCUGGUCCAGCUACUUUGGAAACUGCCAUUCUCUCCUGUUCAUGAUGGACGCUGCUAACCCCACUCAGCUGUCUGCAUCCUGCGUGCAACUUCUGGGUCUCCUUUCAGCAGAACAACUCGCGGAAGCAUCGGUCUUGAUCCUCUUCAAUAAGAUUGACCUGCCCUGUUACAUGACCGUAGAGGAGAUGAAGUCCCUGAUCAGGCUCCCAGACAUCAUUGCCUGUGCCAAGCAGAACAUCACCAUAGCAGAAAUCAGUGCCCAGAAGGGCACUGGCUUAUCAGAGGUGCUGCGCUGGCUCCGGGACACCCACAGAGCGGACAGAUGACUACCAGGAGGAGAGCCGUGGCCAGCAGCUCGGGGCAGGAGGCAGAGAGUGGCAGCGCUUGGCCUCCAGCCCUCUGUUCUCAUUACGGACAGGAUGGCCCAAUGUGAGCCUAGGAGAUGCGCUCCUGUCCUGAGUCGCAGUGAGGGGUAAACUGGCCUCUGAACGACGAGACUGUCUCCAGGGCUGGGAGAAGACGACCGGCCUGCGGGGUGGCCGAGUGUCCUGCCGCCAUCCUGGGACUGUGCCACUGGGGUGCGUGCCCCACCCAUCAGGAAAGCGGCUCUACUUUCCUGAAGCUGUCCAGACUGCCUGGGACCACAGACUCGCUCUGUGGGCUGUGGUACAAACUGUACCCGUUGAGUUUCUGAUGUGCCGGCGACACGGCCUCCACUGUAUGAGGCCGUUGUCUUAGGAAGAACCAAGUCUGGAGUC